AUGGCUGUCGAGGCUGGUCGUGGCGUCAGGCUGACGGUUGAGCCCGGCUCUCAAAACGACCUGGAAAAUGCAUCAGGUACAUCGCUUUCCAUCCCUCCUACCUUGUCUCCUAUUUACAAGGUGCAGCUUAUCCUGUCCCACACUUUAGCCUUGCUGCCUGCCGUCCUGGUCAUCAUUACUACUAUCUAUGUAUCCUUUUGGAAUAUGGGCAUUUGCAACAUGCAGAUUCUCUUCCCGGAAGCUGAUGAUGAUAUUUGUACGUCUGUGCUAUCUUUCCGCAUUAUGCUCGUGUUCGGGAUCAUCGGCUCUGUGUGCUGGUAUGCUAUGUACAAACUGCGCCCCUUUUUUUGGGAGGUGUCUUUUGUCAUUGUGCGUGUAAUUGCCUUUGUCAUGUCGUUCUUCAAGGAACGGUUAGAUGAUUAUGAGGUUGUCUUCGAUACAUCUAUCGCCUUUGGCUCAUCUGUUAUCCGUACGGUGCUGGUGGAAUUGUUGCGCGUCAUUUGCCAAGAAAGUCACAUGAAUGUGUAA